AUGGAGGACUUUAAAGGAACAGGUGAGAAUUAUUGGGAAACAUUAAUUUUGAGACCUUAUGUACCCUUAAAAAAUUCCAAUUUUCAUUCUUGAAACCACUUGGCAAAAUUUAGAAUUUUCAGAAAAUCGAAAAAAAUUUGCCACGUGGAUUUCAGAUCUUUAAAAAUUGAAAAUUGAAUUUGUUUCAGGAGCAAAACGAAAAUCGGAUAAAAAUGAAGAAGAUUGUAUGACGACGAUUGGAAAAAUUCCGAAAAUCGACAGAAAUGUGAGUUGGAAAGUGCCACGUGGCAAAAAUCACAAAAAUAUCGAUUUUUUUGCAGUUCGAUGCCACGUCAUCACUCCUCGAAAAAUUGUCGCGAGGCGAGAAAAUCGACUUGGAUAAUUUGGAUGGAAUUGGAGAAGGGGAACCGAAAAUUCGAACAAGAACAACAUCGGAAUAUGCGCCAACUAGGGUUUGUUUUUGUUGAUUUAUCACUCAAAAAUCCAGAACAAACGUUUUUUUCAGAUAAAUUUGCAGAAACAAUCGUCAUUUUGUGAUAAAAUGCGAUCACUUCCAACAACUCCCACUUUUCCGGCUGCAAGAAAACGAAAGUUAGUUUAACUCGGGGAUUUUUUGUAAAAAAAUUCAUAUAUUUUUACGCUGGAAUCACAAGAAAUUCUGAAAAUUUGAAAAUUAAAAAAUUGUACUGUUUCAAAACUUUUAUAAGAUUUUUAUGUUUUUUUGGAAAAUUUGAUUUUGUUGUAUACUUUUUCGGAAAAGAUUACGAUUUCAAAAUUGACAGAAAAUUUCAAAUUUGAGAAAAUUGAAUGAAAAUAUUCUUUAAAAAUGUUGAACAAAUUUUUUUUCAAAAAAAAAAAUGAAUUUUUAAAUUUCACAAUUUUUGUUGCAGUUUAUCAUUGUCAUCUGAUUCAACAAUUUCUCACCGAAGUCUUCUUGGAAGUUUCACUGAAAAUGCAUUGACUGGAAGAUUGGAACCUGUCAAAAUUUUGGAUGGAUUUUGUUUGCAAUUGAGUUAGUUUUUCUGAAAAAUUCUGAAAAUUUGGACCCAAAAACUGAAAAACAAUUAGAAUUUUGUACAAUUUUCUGACGAAAUUCCCCAGAAAUUUUAAUUUUUCAUAUUUUUAAAUCAACCGGAAAAAAUAUACUGUUUCAAAAAAUUUUACAUUGUUUUUGAACUUUUGAAAAUUUUGAUAUCUUGAUGAUACUCUCUCUACAAAAAUUAUCCAAAAUUCAAAAUAUUUAUUUUCCACAUAGAAAAUUUCAAUGGAAAAAAGAACGAAAUUUCUUUGACACGUGGAAAAACGUGAAAACGAGACGGGCUUUUUCGAGUCUGCAAACACCGGACAGCAUCAAAAAUUGUUCUAUUUUUUUCUAUGUGAUUUUCCCGGAAAUUACAAAAAAAUGUGAUUUUUUCAAAUCACCCGUAAAAUUUAGGUUUCAAGAUUUUCAUAAGAUUUUUUUGAGUUUUUCGGAAUUUUGAUCCUUCAAUGAUUUUACAUUUUUAAUGUUCAGUCCCGCUCAAAAUUCCCCAUUUUUGCAGCCGCAAGUGGUUCACAAUUCUCCUCGGAACAUCUAAAUCUUCCCGUCACCGUCUAUUAUUUCGAUCUCAACACAACCGGUUGCCAAUUUUUUCCAGCUGCCCCAGUUCCAUAUUUGGGCAAAUGUGAUCUACUCUCCGAAUACCGUAUACCCUCAAAGGGACAUUUGCAAGCAACACUUUUCAAUCCACAAAAAACAGUCAUAAAAAUGUUUCUAACUUCAUAUGAUCUCGAAAAAAUGCCAGCGAAUUCGAAGAGUUUUAUUCGACAUAUUUGGGAAUGGAAAGUUGAGAAUUCGGAAAAAUCGAAACAUUUACAGUAUUUAAUACAUUAUCGAUUGCAAUCUGACAGAAAAUCUCGGGUUUUUCUGCAUUCUGAUAUUCGAAUUCUAUUUUCACAAGAUUCUACAAGAGAUGCUCUUCUUCUACCGAAUUCAAAUACUGUAAAUAAUUACCAACUUAUUGAUCGAAUUGAAAUUCCCAAAAUUCCAUAA